AGGCGGCUGUGCCGUGACCGGCGCCCCAGCCCAGUGCCCUGCCGUGGGGGCAAGAGUGCCCCAAGCCCUCAUCCACCAUGUUCAACCUGAUGAAGAAGGACAAAGAGAAGGAUGGGGCCCGGAAGGAGAAGAAGAAAGAGAAAAAGGAGCGAAUGUCAGCAGCUGAACUCAAGAGCCUGGAGGAGAUGAGCAUGCGCCGGGGCUUCUUCAACCUCAACCGUGCCUCCAAGCGGGACUCCAAGACCCGCCUGGAGAUCUCCAACCCCAUCCCCAUUAAAGUGGCCAGUGGCUCUGAGCUGCACCUCACAGAUAUUGACUCCGACAGCAACCGGGGCAGCAUCAUCUUGGACUCAGGCCACCUGAGCACGGCCAGCUCCAGCGACGAUCUCAAGGCGGACGAUACCAACUUCAAGGGCUCGGUGCUGCAGCGGGCAGCCAAGUUUGGCUCCUUGGCCAAGCAGAACUCCCAGGUGAUUGUCAAACGCUUCUCCUUCUCCCAGAAAAGCCGGGAUGAGAGCACCUCAGAGACCUCCACGCCCUCUGAGCACUCAGCAGCCCCCUCUCCUCAGGUGGAGGUGCGCAUGCUGGACCUGAGCCGCUGCUGGCUGCGGGGCGGCCAGGGGACACGCCGUGCUGCCUGGGAUCUGGACCCCGCCGCCUCCGCCUCGGCACCCAGCCAGGUACUGUACCCCCGUCCUCAGGAGCCCUCUGCCUCCACCAGCGACCCCCUGCCAUCCUCUGUGUGCCUCUGGGCUGGCGUCUGCGCCCGCGCCUCCUGCUGGAGUGCCAAGACAGAGGAGCAGAUAGCAGCUGAGGAGGCCUGGUACGAGACCGAGAAGGUGUGGCUGGUGCACAGGGAUGGCUUCUCCUUGGACCUGGUGCAGUACCUCGCCACCAUCGCCGGCAGCACCGGCAAGGUGUUCUCUGUGGAGAAGUGGCAGGCUCUCUACACCAUCCUGGAGGCUUUUGGCAAUAGCAGCACUGGCAUGAACGGCAACGCCACGCGCUUCUCGCAGAUCAUCUCCCUGGACUUCGACCAGGCCGGGCAGGUGGCGUCUGCCUCUGUACAGACCCUGCUGCUGGAGAAACUGCGCGUGGCCCGGCACCCGGCCAACGAGGCCACCUUCAAUGUCUUCUACUACCUGCUGGCCUGCUCUGACAGCACCCUGAGGACUGAGCUUCACUUCAACCACCUGGCAGAGAACAAUGUCUUCGGCAUCGUGCCCCCCUCCAAGCCAGAGGAAAAGCAGAAAGCAACCCAGCAGUUCAGCAAGCUCCUGACAGCCAUGAAGGUGAUGGGCAUCUCAGGAGAUGAGCAGAAAGCCUUCUGGCUCAUCCUGGGGGCCAUCUACCAUCUGGGAGCUGCUGGGGCAACCAAAGAGCCACUGGCAGAUGGAGCUGACGCCGACGAAGCUGGGAGGAAGCAGUUUGCACGGCACGAGUGGGCUCAGAAAGCCGCCUACCUGCUGGGCUGCAGCCUGGAGGAGCUCUCCUCUGCCAUCUUCAAGCACCAGCCCAAGGGCACCCUGCAGCGCUCCACCUCCUUCCGCCAGGGCCCCGACGAGUCUCCCCUGGGGGACAGCGGCACAGGUCCCAAGCUGACGGCGCUGGAGUGCCUGGAGGGCAUGGCAGCUGGCUUGUACUCCGAGCUCUUCACACUCCUCAUCUCCCUCCUCAACAGGGCGCUGAAGUCGAGCCAGCACUCAGUGUGCUCCGUGACAGUGGUGGACACCCCUGGGGCACAGAACCCCAAGCUGGCAGGGCAAAGCCGGGGUGCCACCUUCGAGGAGCUGUGCCACAACUACGCCCAGGAGCGCCUGCAGCAGCUCUUCCACCAGCGCACCUUCGCCCGUGAGCUGGAGCGAUACAAGGAGGAGAACAUAGAGCUCGCCCUGGCUGAUGCUGAGCCCAGCUCCUCUGGCUCCAUAGCUGCUGUGGACCAGUCCUCACACCAGGCACUGGUCCGGUCUCUGGCCCGCACGGACGAGGCGCGGGGGCUGCUCUGGCUUCUGGAGGAGGAGGCUCUGCAGCCGGGGGGCAACGAGGACACCUUGCUGGAGCGGCUCUUCUCCUACUACGGCCCCCAGGAAGGGGGUAAAGAAGGGCACAACCCGCUGCUCCCCAGUGAUAAACCCCGACACUUCCUCCUGGGACACAGCUCGGGGACCAACUGGGUGGAGUACGACGCUACGGGAUGGCUCAACUACGUCAAGCACAACCCGGCCUCCCAAAACGCCUCUUCCCUGCUGCAGGAGUCCCAGAAGAAGGUGAUCAGCAGCCUGUUUGCGGGGCGCGGCGGCUCGGCGCUUGUGCUGUCGGGCUCGGUGGCGGGGCUGGAGGGCGGCUCCCAGCUGGCCCUGCGCCGCGCCACCAGCAUGCGCAAGACCUUCACCACCGGCGUGGCCGCCGUCAAGAAGAAAUCCCUCUGCAUCCAGAUCAAGCUGCAAGUGGACGCCCUCAUCGACAGCAUCAAGAAGUCCAAGCUGCACUUUGUGCACUGCUUCCUGCCCAAGGCGGGGGCUGGUGGGGACCCCCAGGCCGUGCUGUGCCGGCGGGUGAGCAGCAGCGAGCUGGAGCUGCCGGCAGAGCACUGCGAGGCCGGGCUGAUGCAGCUGGACGUGCCCCUGCUGCGUGCCCAGCUCCGCGGCUCCCGCCUGCUCGACGCCCUCCGCAUGUACCGCCAAGGUUACCCUGACCACAUGGUGUUUGCGGAGUUCAGGCGGCGCUUUGAUGUCCUGGCCCCACACCUGACCAAAAAGCACGGGCGCAACUACAUUGUGGUGGAUGAGAAGCGGGCAGUGGAGGAGCUCCUGGAAUCGCUGGACCUGGAGAAGAGCAGCUACCACAUGGGCUUGAGCCGGGUGUUUUUCCGGGCUGGAUCGCUGGCCAGGCUGGAGGAGCAGCGGGACACGCAGACCAGCAGGAACAUCACCCUUUUCCAGGCAGCGUGCAGGGGCUUCCUGGCACGGCAGCACUUCAAGAAGAGAAAGAUCCAGGAUUUGGCCAUCCGGUGCGUGCAGAAGAACAUCAAGAAGAACAAAGGGGUGAAGGAUUGGCCCUGGUGGAAACUCUUCACCACCGUGCGGCCCCUCAUCGAGGUGCAGCUCACCGAGGACCAGAUCCGUGGCAAAGACGAAGAGAUCCAGCAGCUGAAGAGCAAACUUGAGAAGGUGGAGAAGGAGCGCAACGAGCUGCGGCUCAACAGCGACCGCCUGGAGAGCAGGAUCACAGAACUGACAUCGGAGCUGACGGACGAGCGCAACACCGGCGAGUCGGCCUCCCAGCUGCUGGACGCUGAGACGGCUGAGAGGCUGCGGGCUGAGAAGGAGAUGAAGGACCUGCAGGCCAAGUACGAUGCCCUGAAGAAGCAGAUGGAGUCGAUGGAGAUGGAGGUGAUGGAGGCUCGGCUCAUCCGGGCGGCUGAGCUCAAUGGGGAGCUCGACGAUGAUGAUUCAGGUGGCGAAUGGCGGCUGAAAUACGAGCGAGCGGUGCGGGAGAUCGACUUCACCAAGAAACGGCUGCAGCAGGAGCUGGAGGACAAGCUGGAGGUGGAGCAGCAGGGCAAGAGACAGCUGGAGCGCAAGCUGGCGGACCUGCAGGCGGACAGUGAGGAGAGCCAGCGGGCGCUGCAGCAGCUGAAGAAGAAGUGCCAGCGCCUGGCUGCCGAGCUGCAGGACACCAAGCUGCACCUUGAGGGACAGCAGGGACGCAACCAUGACCUGGAGAAGAAGCAACGGAGGUUUGACAGCGAGCUCUCGCAGGCGCACGAGGAGGCGCAGCGGGAACGGCUGCAGCGGGAGAAGCUGAGCCGAGAGAAGGAUGUGCUGGUGGCCGAGGUCUUUGGCCUCAAGCAGCUGCUGGAGGACAGGGACUCGGACAUCGCAGGGCUGACGCAGAAGGCAGAGGCGCUGGAGGCAGAGCUGCAGGACAUCUCCUCCCAGGAGUCAAAGGAUGAAGCCUCCCUGGCCAAGGUGAAGAAACAGCUGAGGGACCUAGAGGCGAAGGUCAAAGACCAGGAGGAGGAACUGGAUGAGCAGGCUGGGACCAUCCAGAUGCUGGAGCAGCUGAAGCAGAUGGAGGUGCAGCUGGAGGAGGAGUAUGAGGACAAGCAGAAGGUGCUGAGAGAGAAGCGGGAGUUGGAGAGCAAGUUAUCUGCUGUCAGCGAGCAGGCCAACCAGCGGGACUUUGAGACGGAAAAGCGCCUGCGCCGGGACCUGAAGAGAACAAAGGCGCUGCUGGCUGAUGCUCAGAUCAUGCUGGACCACCUGAAAAACAACGCACCCAGCAAGAGGGAGAUCACCCAGCUCAAGAAUCAGCUGGAAGAGUCGGAGUUCACCUGUGCAGCCGCUGUCAAGGCCCGCAAAUCCAUGGAGGUGGAGAUCGAGGACCUCCACCUGCAGAUUGAUGACCUUGCCAAGGCCAAGGGAGCGCUGGAGGAGCAGCUGAGCCGUCUGCAGCGGGAAAAGAAUGAAGUGCAGAGCCGGCUGGAGGAGGACCAGGAGGACAUGAAUGAGCUGAUGAAGAAGCACAAGGCAGCUGUGGCCCAGGCAUCCCGGGACCUGGCACAGAUGAAUGAUCUCCAGGCACAGCUGGAGGAGGUCAGCAAGGAGAAGCAGGAGCUGCAGGAGAAGCUGCAAGGUCUGCAGAGCCAGCUGGAGUUCCUGGAGCAAUCCAUGGUGGACAAGUCGCUGGUGAGCCGGCAGGAGGCCAAGAUCCGUGAGCUGGAGACCAGGCUGGAGUUCGAGAGGACGCAAGUCAAGCGCCUGGAGCCCCACGAGCUCCCGGCACACCUUCACCUACGACAGAUGGGACGACGAGCAGGACGCCGGGGACAGCGGAGUCGGCUGCUCCGGCACCCGGGAUUUAUUCCUCAGUGCCUGCUGGCACCUUGUUUUGUAACUUAAACUCCCCCCUUCGGCACCCUGCCGUCCUCUUACACCCCUUUUAGUUGAGCCAAAGACGUCUCUCGCUGGCCGGGCCCUGGGGAGCAGCUGGGAGGGGGACAUGGGGAGAGGGUCCCAUGUGCCCACCCGGGUUUUUGUGACCCCCCCCCAGCCCCCCACCUCUGCCUGGCUGUUUUGCACUAGCCCAGCUGUGCAUCUUCCCCCACUCCCUUUACUUUCAGUAUGAAAAUAAACGUCAUUUCUGGCUGGUGA